AUGGGUCUGGGCUCACGGCGGGAUCUACUUGAUGAUGUCUUUGGUGCAUACAACUGGAGCAAGGUUACUCACAUUGCGCAAUCUUUACUCACUAAAGUGAAGAAUGCAAUCAAUGAAUGCAGCGUCUAUGUCGCCGCAUUCGAAGAGUUUAGUUUGGCUUUACCAGAAACAUCUGUUGCCCAGUGGACGCAAGCUGUUGAGGCAUGGGAAAAAGACCGCUCAAGUCUAAAUCCUUAUGAGAUUACACGCAAAGCACUCACGCAGGCCUCCGUGCAUCUUCAAUUGGCACAAGAAGAUGCAACACGGCUUCAGAUUGGCAAAACAGUGCCGAUUCAUGACCAUAUUUCUCCAAGUGUUAUGAUAACGUACAGGUUGGAAAUUGAGGAGCUACAAUGUCAUCUUCGUGAAGAUUCUGCUGAGCUCGGUGCACAUUCAACAGAUCUCCAAUGA